AAUGCCAAGCUUAUGUCUCAGGCAACCACCACCCCAGAUAGGCCACAUAAUUGGUGAAUUCAGUCCCGCACCACCUUUCAGUUUCCCGCCAAAUCAGGAUUUAAAUGACUCUGAUGGUGCCUCAAUGACACCUACCCACUCAAACCGAAAGAUAUUCAUUGCAUUAUACGACUAUGAUGCAAGGACCACAGAAGAUCUGAGCUUCAAGAAAGGAGAGCACCUGGAAAUACUAAACGAUCUACAAGGUGAUUGGUGGUACGCGAGGUCGAAGACCAGUCGACAAGAGGGUUACAUUCCGUCUAAUUAUGUUGCUGCUUUGAAAAGCUUAGAAUCAGAACCGUGGUAUUUCGGUAAAAUAAAGAGAAUUGAAGCUGAGAAGAAACUAUUACUUCCCGAAAAUCAGCAUGGCGCUUAUCUUAUUCGAGAUAGUGAAAGUCGCAAAAACGACUACUCCUUGUCAGUUAGAGAUGGUGAUACGGUCAAACAUUACAGGAUUCGACAAUUGGAUAAUGGCGGAUUUUUCAUUGCUAAAAGGGUGUCAUUUGCAACCUUACAAGAACUAGUAGGUCAUUAUACAAAUGAUUCCGAUGGUCUAUGUGUCAAUCUAAGGAAUCCAUGCACUUGCGUUGAGAAACCACAAACGGUUGGUUUAUCGUACAAUACCAAGGAUCAGUGGGAGAUUCCCAAGAGCGAUUUAAGAAGAAUCAGAAAAAUUGGCCACGGACAAUUUGGCGAAGUUUACGAAGGAUUAUGGAAUAAUACAACUCCUGUGGCAGUUAAAACCUUGAAACCGGGAACUAUGGAUCCAAAAGAUUUCUUGGAAGAAGCCCAUAUCAUGAAAAAACUUCGCCACAAACAUCUCAUUCAAUUAUAUGCUGUCUGCACAAAGGAUGAGCCUAUUUUUAUUGUUACUGAAUUAAUGAAAAAUGGCUCUUUGCUGGAAUAUCUCCAAGGAAAUAAAGGAAGAAUUUUGAAACUGCCAACUUUAAUUGAUAUUGCUGCUCAAAUUGCCAGUGGAAUGGCUUAUCUAGAGUCGCAAAACUACAUACAUCGAGAUUUGGCCGCUAGAAAUAUUUUAGUAGGAGAUAAUAACAUGGUAAAAAUAGCUGAUUUUGGCUUGGCCAGAGUUAUUAAGGAGGAUGAAUACGAAGCUAGAGUGGGUGCUAGAUUUCCCAUUAAAUGGACGGCGCCGGAAGCUGCCAAUUUUAACAGAUUUACUAUCAAAUCCGACGUUUGGUCUUUUGGUAUUCUUUUAACUGAAAUUGUUACUUAUGGUCGUAUACCGUAUCCGGGUAUGACCAACGCUGAUGUUCUUCAGCAAGUAGAGAACGGGUAUAGAAUGCCUUGUCCUCCCGGAUGUCCCCAAACCCUUUACGAGAUUAUGGUCGAAUGUUGGAAUAAAGAUGAAAAUCAAAGGCCCACAUUCGAAACACUGCAAUGGAAAUUGGAGGAGUUUUUUACAUUGACCGGCAGUGAGUACAGGGAUAUGACGUCUAUGCCUAUAAGAUGA